GGCUCAGAGUAGUAGCGGGGCUCAUGAAAAUGGCUCCAGCCAUUUCGUUUCACCUUGGCACGAUCAUUCUUUGAGUUCUCGGGGCGCCAGGCGCCCCGCCCGGCGCCCCGAAGUCCAUGACUGCAGAUGUCGCCAAGUUAUGUGCCAGCUUGGACAAGAUCUUUAAGACCUUCUCCACCCAGGAGGUGCAGUUGGACCCCAAGGAGAUGAAGAACUUUCGGGAGCGUGGCACCAUGCAAUACAUCGAGCAGAAAUUCCAGGCCCACUUGCAACGUGCACGAGCGGCAUUCUUGCAAGAGUUCCGGAACCAUGCAGUGGUUGUUGAGACCGAGGUGCGGAAGAUCCGAGAAGAAAUGACCGAAAAGAUGGAGGACAAGUAUGGCAAGAUGCUGGGUGAAUUGCGUGAAUCUGUGGUGGGCACUGAGGGCCUGGUGCAAGCGCAAAGGGCCGAGAUUUCUCAACUGAAAGGUGUGGUGGCCGCGCAGGAAACCUACAUGACGGCUGCCAAGCAUAAGGAUCAUAUGGAGGAGUUGGCACAAUCCUUGGACCAGCAGCUUGAGAAUGCUCGAGGCGAAGUGACUGACCUGAAGCAGCAGCUGCAAGGCCGCGACGAGCAGUUGCGGCAGCUGCGGAGUGAACGCAUUUCCUUGGAAGUGGAGUUCGUCCGGUACAAACAGAGCAGUGAGGAGGAGAAGAGAGAAGCUGAAGACCGGUUUCAAACCCUUCACAAAGCUAUGCAAGAGCAGCAGAGGCAGUUCUCCGAGCACAUCCAGCGAUACUCCAAAGAGUUCUAUGAGUACAAAGAGAAGGCGUCAGAUCAGCUGCAGAUCUUAGCUAUUCUCAACCGACGGCUCAAAGAGGCCCUUCGCAACAUGGAGGAGGAGCGUGAGCGCUUCAUCUUGGCACGCACGAAGCCGACCCCCCGCAUCGGCGAGGAAGUGGAAGAAGAGAUUGAAGAGGAGCCAGUGGAGCUUGACCCCAGCCCUCUCUACCGAACAGAUGACAUGGGCAUGGACACGGCCUGGCGAGACUACAAGAUCAACAACAUGGAGCUUGUCAUUCCUACUCGGCCCAUGCCCAAGUUCAAGGCCUUGUGGAACGUGGCAUCUGCGAAGUAUGGCCCAUGGAGAAGCUCUACCACGUCGGUCGAGCGCGUGCGCCGGACAUUGCCCAGCUCGGGCUCCGCACAGAGCGCGCGGAGCUCGCAGCCAGUGCCCUCGCAGCUGCUGGAGCUGCCGCAGGUGAGUCCAGCAGUCGGAACGGUGCUAGCGCCCUCGCGAGAUUGAGGAGGCGGCAGUCCAUGCUCGGCAUCGCGACCGGCCAUGCCGCUUCCCUCAACGGUUUUAGAGCAGAACCCUAGGCCCUAGGCCAUUGGAGUGGAUAAAACCGAAGGUUGCUGGCCAGCGUCCAGAUGCAUGGAGCAAAUCGAUGCUCUCUGACUCAACAUGGAAGUGGAUAAAAC